AGUUACGCGCUGUAACCCAUCGAACUAAGACGUGCUGAUGUUUAGUACCUUGUGUUCAAUUUUACUAGCAUAGCGUUUAAAUACGUUUCACCGAAAGUAAAAAUUUAUUGGUUCAAUGCAAGGCAGUGAAGACUAAAAUCUGUUGAUAAAGUAUUUUGAUGAUGUUUGAUUUGCAGCGAUUCAAUCACGUUUGAGUGAAUUGUGAACUUCUGCAUUGCUCUGAUUUAAUGGAAUACAAUGUGAAUUUGAAAUUUAAAAAUCAACAACAGCCUCGACAACAGGUGUUAUGGCCAUACUUAGUGCUUGUUGUUGGUGGAGUAUAAGGCGAGGUGCAUUUGCUAGUGUGUUUUAUUCUCUUAUAUAUUUUGGUUUUUCAUGCAUUCUGCUUAUAAUCAAUUUACACGAUGAACGACACUUUUUGACCGGAAAAGUUGAAAAACCGGUCGGUGAAAGCUUCUUGGAAAAGGGAACAACGUCUUCAACAACUGUGAUAUUUGAGAUAUUGUUAGUGUUCAUUGCUGGUUGCGGUGUAGUAGCGUCCGUACUACUUUUAAUUGGACUAAAAGUUGAUCGCAGAGAAUUCUUAAUACCAUGGAUUUUUACCAUAAUUGCUUAUUUAUUGAUAGAAUUGGCUUAUUUUAUUUAUCUCCUUAUAAUGCAGUUUCGUUUCGAUACUGUAGCAGCAACUAUUUACACCGUAGAAUUAUUCAACUUGUGUCUAAUCUUUUAUUGUUUACUGUGCGUGAUUUCACAGUAUCAAGAAUACAGGGCUGGCCAUGGUGGUGCUACUAGACAUGAGUUAAUAACACAAGCACAUAUUCAAUACAUUCCACCGUCAACAACAAAUUUCGUACGACCUCAUCGGACAGUCAAAAAUCAAAUACUCUGUCCGCAUACAAAUUGCUCGAUUAUAGCAGAAGAACCCCAUCUAAAUGGCGCUUCGAGCAAACACAUUAAACCGCAACUACAACAAAGCGAAUCCCUUAGGAAGCAUGUUCAAUUCCCCGAUGAAUUGAAUUUCUCGGAUUCUGACAUUCAAACGAUUAUUAAUGAUACAAACGAGAAUGGGCAUACAGUUAAUUCACAGUCGGAUAACACCGACGAAUAUAAUGAAAAUAGUGAGGAGAAAACGAGUGAAAUCAAAAACCACUAAAAGUCAACAGUUCUAUGUGUUUAUACUUUAUUAAAAUAAUUAUGAAAAACCAACUCAAAGUGCUAAGCAUCCAGAAGAACCACAUAAAAUAGCAACCACACCAUAUAUUACAGAUGAAAAUGAAAACGCAAAAGAACGUUUAAAACAUCUAACUAGCUAUAUAUAUUUUAGCUUUAUUAUCCUACAAAGUUUGCCAGAAAUAAUAAUUACUUUAGCGCAGUGUAUCCUCCAGAUACAUUUUAUUUUGAUUGCUAACAUUGAAGGUAUUAUGGUAAGAACUGUAACGUCUUAUAAAAGCAUCAUAAAUAUAAACUUGAGUUAACGAAUGUGUUACUCGUCUUUAAUAGGUUGACGUAAAUAUUUACUCUUUUUGUGUUGAUUUUAUUUGCUCGCUUCAACUUCUAUAAUUUAUUGACAACAAUCGACACAUUUCAUCUCUAUUAUAAUCGACCAAUUGCUGAUUUAAAAUGAAAGUGUUAGCUUAUAUUAAAAAAAAAAUCUACUUCAGUUCAUCUCGCUUCAUGUAACUGUUGGAUUACUGUAAUUCGUUAAAUUAACAAUAAACUUUGAAAACAAUUUUAUUCGAACAGACGAAUGAACAAUCGCCAUUUCUAUUGUUUCUAUUUUUAUAACAACAGAAAGAAAGCUUUAAAAUGAACAACUCAAACAAUUUUUCCCAUUCAGAAUCAUUGUAGGAAAAUAAAAUCCUUUAAGGAGUAUUAAUUAAAUGUGAAAGGAUUAAAACGAAAAAGAGGGAAUGCAAAAAAAAUCGAAUAAGAAAUAAAAGUUUACAAAAAAUACUGUGCGAGACGGUUGAACACAAAAUGUGAUGGUCAAAGCUAUUUUCAUUAUUAAAAUCUAUGAUAAGAGAAUAAAUAUUCUUUUGUUCUUACACUAAAAUAUAUAUGGCACAUUUAGUUUAUUGUAAUGUGUGUGAAUGUAUAUUUAAACAAAGAAAAACUUGUCACAUCAUAUUUAAGAAACAACAAAAAAAAUGUAUUUUAAAAUAAAUAAUUCCAUUAAUAAAAUGUGAAAAAUGUUCAGAAGAGUUUUUUUUUCCUACUGGUAGACUAUCACUGCUAUGUGGUUAAUGGAUACAUCAAAUUGUACAUCAGAUCAACAGACACAACAGUUC